GUAGCAUUCCAAUUCGAGAAAAGCACCCACUUUGAGCCGACAACAUCCUUAUUCGUCAAAAUGGACAUCAGGCUUUGGUGAGAUAUCGCUUAUUUAAUGUCAUCUUUGUUCAUAAACUAAUGGGUUCCGAGAGUCCCAAUCCUGAUCUCUCCUUUUGUUUUGAAACAGUUCCGAAAGUUGGAUCUGCCCUGCCUACUAAUCUGAGAUAACAAGGUUGCAGUGAAAAACAAAUUUUAUCCCUGUGUUUUUUUGUCAAUAUUCUUCUAUUCUAAUAAUUUUGAUUCUGUUAGAUGAUAUUAGUUUUUACAUUUUACAGACUCUGUUCACUCCACAGUUUCGGAUCUGAACAACUUGGUGCAUUAUACACCUUUAUAUCCACAGACUUUGUUCACUGCAGAUAAUUUACUUUGUUGAACACUCUUUUUGUUCUGACUCAUUCAAAAUAUUUUAAAAAUUGUAAGAGUAAUAUAUAUGGUUUAAGGUUAUGAGACAAGGAAGAGGGCUAAGACUGCUCUUCUUCUUUUCUGAUGUUAUAGUACUACUUUUGCCUUUGUUUUUUCACUUUCUUUUUUGAAGCAGUAAAAUGGAACUGAAAAGCUAAAAGUUAUACAUAUCAGGAUUCAUUGCAUACAAUUAAUUGCAUAGAACUAAAUUGCAGUGUUUUUCCUUGCAGUUUUUUUCCUUUUUUUUUUUUGUUUUUUUCCAACUUGAAUCAACUUUCAGUCCUAAUGUAGACUUUACCUCUGAUUCCUGAAUUCAACUUUACCUCUGAACUACGUACAUGGACAUAUUAUACACUCUUACUGACAUUUGGAUACACUUUGAACUGUUUUAUGUUCUAUGCCUUCAAAUUAGCAAGACUUUUUUUUUUUGUUUUUGGAUGACAGCAAGGCUCUUUUUUUGGUACUUGAACCUUAAAUGCAAACUCAUUCAAAUCCACUUACAAUUAUUUUAUUUCAAUGGGAUCCUUAUUUAUGCACUUCUGCAGGUCCACUGUAGACAGUUGAAUCAUGGAACUUGAACAAAACAUAGAGCAUACAUUGCUUCGUCACAUAAGACCGUAUCAGAUUACUUUCAAAAUCAGAGUUCGUGCAUCCAGACUGUGGAGACCGAAAAAGUAUAACAGUGACAUAUACGAUGGCCUCCAUUAUCUGUUAGUCGACGAAGAGGGACAUGCUAUUCACGGUUUAAUUGAGGAAUCUGCUUAUCCUUACAUGUCCAACAAAAUGGAAGAAGGGCAGGUGUAUGACAUUACCAAUUUCUAUAACCGAAAACCUAUAUCAAAAUAUAAAGUUGCUGAUCACGUGGUAGAACUUCGUUUCAAUGGGUCAACAAAGUUUGAGCCUGUAAUGGAUGCAUUCCCUCCAAUCCCAGAACAUUCAUUUAACUUCCUUCAUUUUGACAACUUGGAGGACCAGAUGAGGACUCAGACAGUACUUAAGGAACAUCAAGUUACUGUCAGACACACUGGAAAAUUGGAAUCAAAAUGUGAAAUCUUUGUAGAAAAUUUGAGGAGGGAGGAUAUCAGAAUUACCUUCUGGGGUGACAUAGCUAGAAAGUUUGAUAUGGAAAGAGUUAAACAGUUAUCCCCACCAGUGCUUGCUGUAUUCACGGGUUUAAGGUUGACCAAAUUCCAAGAACGGGUAACAGCAGCAACAACAUGCCAUACAUGCAUCAUCAUCAAUCCAGAUAUUCCAAUAGCAAAUGAAUACAAAGCUGAGUUCUCAAAAGCAGGCGACAAAGUGAAAGUACUUCCUUUACCUUUCAAACGGCCAACAGUAGAAGAGAUGAAAGACAAAACAACAAAGUCGGUCUUUGAAUUAAACACAUUGGAUCCUAAUAUAUACAUGAAUAAAACAGUGUAUUGCACUGCUUCGAUCCUCCGGUUUCCAGUCCAUAAUGGUUGGUGGUAUAGAGGCUGUUCAAAGUGUUUUAAACAACUGAAGCAAAGAGAGAACAGCGGUGAAUUAAUUUGUCCUAAACAUGAUGUGCAAAUAGCUGUGCCAUGUUGCAAAGUAUAUGUCACCAUUCGAGAUGAUAAUAAUCAAGCAACGCUCAUUCUGAUGGGGAGACAGGCAGAGCAACUGUUUGGCAUCAAUUGUCAAGAUCUGGUGAACAAAAGACUGUAUCCAACAGAGCAGACACUACCAGAAGAGAUUAAGAAGACAACUGAUGAAACCUAUCUCUUUGAAAUCACAGUCAAUGAAUAUAGCGAGCUGAUGGUCAGAAACAUUUUCCCAAGUAAGCAAUCCUUUGCAUCAAUGGUGGAACAAACCCCAACCACUGUACCACCGGAGCGGCUUUCAACUGAAAGAAAAAGAAACAUUGAAGCAAGUGGAAAAGCUUUGUGCAUCGUGGAGCCUGAGAAAAAAGCCAAGAAUGAGAAGGAGACCAAGCGUGGAGCAAUGAUAUCGGCAUCAUCAGUGUCAUCAUCAGCAAGCAAAGAACAACUUCAGAAAGAAAAGGCAGACUGAAUCUAAAUUGCUCCUCUGUACAGCUGUAACUUAUUUUAUCUAAUUAUACCUGCGCUGACUCCAUUUUGUGUACAGCUAUAGUCAACGAAACAACUGUAUCUUUUGGGAACUGGAGGUAUUAAUUUUUUGGUCAAACUCCAGUCCAACUUUUUGAUAAUUAGCUCCAGUUGUUUCAGCAGUGAUAACAGAUCUAAUGAUCUUUGAACAAUGGAAGCAGUUAAUUUUUUGGACAACCAGUGCCAGCUACUCUGGCUGGGUUGUACUAGCUUCCUUUGAAUCAAAUACUCUAUCAGUACUGUAUUGACUUAACUAUAUGUAGUAAUUUGUAAUGUUUAAAUUCCAUUUCUUCAUAAACGGUUCUUUACAAUACAG